AUGUUGAGGACAACGCUGCCGAGGGCACUCCGCGCCAGUAAGAGGUCGUUCCACAGCUCUGCGCCCGCCUGCAAGGUCGUCGCGACCAACCCCGUCAAGGCCCAGGAGGUCCCGUCAUGGGCCUCUGGGAACUAUCCUUUAAUCGAACAUGAAUAUGAUGCAAUUGUCGUAGGUGCCGGCGGUGCUGGUCUGCGUGCUGCAUUUGGUCUCGCAGAGGCGGGAUUCAACACUGCAUGCAUCACCAAGCUCUUCCCAACAAGAAGUCAUACUGUCGCUGCUCAGGGUGGUAUCAAUGCUGCGCUUGGUAACAUGACCGAGGAUGACUGGCGGUGGCAUAUGUACGACACGGUGAAAGGGUCGGACUGGCUGGGUGACCAAGAUGCAAUUCACUACAUGUGUAGAGAGGCCCCACGCACUGUCAUUGAGCUCGAGCACUUCGGUGUGCCUUUCUCCCGGACUAAGGAGGGAAAGAUCUACCAACGUGCAUUCGGUGGUCAAUCACUGAAGUACGGAAAGGGUGGUCAGGCCUAUCGUUGCGCAGCCGCUGCUGACCGUACCGGACACGCGCUCCUGCACACACUCUACGGCCAAUCCCUCCGCCACAACACGAACUUCUUCAUUGAAUACUUCGCGCUUGACCUCAUUAUGCAGGAUGGCGAGUGUGUUGGUGUGAUUGCGCUGAACAUGGAGGAUGGCACGCUCCACAGGUUCAGGGCACACAAGACCGUGCUCGCGACCGGUGGUUAUGGCCGUGCAUACUUCAGCUGUACCAGUGCGCAUACUUGCUCUGGUGAUGGUAACGCCAUGGUUGCCCGUGCGGGUCUGCCCCUCCAGGACUUGGAGUUCGUGCAGUUCCACCCGACUGGUAUCUACGGCGCUGGUUGUCUCAUUACUGAAGGUUCUCGUGGUGAGGGUGGAUAUCUCCUGAACUCCGAGGGUGAGCGGUUCAUGGAGCGUUACGCACCCACCGCGAAGGAUCUGGCUUCUCGUGAUGUCGUCUCGCGCAGUAUGACGAUCGAGAUCCGCGAAGGUCGUGGUGUUGGUCCUGAGAAGGACCACCUCUACCUUCAGCUCAGCCACCUGCCCGCUGAGGUCCUCCACGAGCGUCUCCCGGGUAUCUCUGAGACCGCCGCCAUCUUCUCCGGCGUCGAUGUCACGAAGGAACCCAUUCCGGUAUUGCCCACUGUUCAUUACAACAUGGGUGGUAUUCCGACCAAGUACACUGGUGAGGUCCUGACUGUCGACGAGAACGGCAAGGACAAGGUCGUCCCCGGUCUUUAUGCCGCCGGCGAGGCAGCGUGUGUGUCCGUCCACGGUGCGAACCGUCUCGGUGCCAACUCUCUGCUCGAUAUUGUCGUCUUCGGCCGUGCUUGCGCGCAUCACAUCAAAGAGACUCUUACCCCCGGCAAGCCCCAUAAGGAGAUCCCUCAGGAGGCUGGUGUUGAGAGCAUUGACUUCCUCGACAAGAUCAGGAAGUCCGAUGGUCCUCUGCCCACCGCUAAGAUCCGGCUCGACAUGCAGAAGGCUAUGCAGGCAGACGCUGCUGUCUUCCGUACCCAGGAGACGCUCGACGAGGGUGUGCAGAAGCUCCGCAAUAUCUACCAGAGCUACGACCAGGUUGGCAUCAAGGACAGGAGCAUGAUCUGGAACUCGGAUCUCGUUGAGACCCUCGAGCUCCGCAACAUCCUCCAAAACGCCGUCCAGACCAUCACCGCCGCCGCCGCUCGCCAGGAGUCCCGUGGCGCGCACGCACGCGAGGACUUCCCCGAGCGUGACGACGAGAAGUGGAUGAAGCACACGCUCACCUGGCUGCCUGACGCGGAGAAGCCGGACGUCGAGAUCAAGUACCGCGGCGUGAUCGACACGACGCUCGACGAGAGCGAGUGCAAGCCCGUGCCGCCGUUCAAGCGUGUCUACUAG